AGGGUUUGGAAUUCCAACAUGGCAGAGGCUGUGGUCAGUCUUCCCCUCACUAACUUGGAAUGGUUUCAAAUCGUGAGCAGCCACGCUUAACCCCAGCGAGCCAUUCAUCUGCGCACUCACCGGAUCGAUGGUACUAUAAACCCUGACGCUGCCCUGUCACCUACACAGGCUUGAAGACAUGAUCACUAGCACCAGUAUCUAUGGUCUAAAGAUGCAGUGGACCCCAGAGCACACACAAUGGGCAGAACAACACUUUGACAUCUCAUCCACUACCCGCUCGCCAGCACACAAAGUAGAGGCCUACCGGGGGCACUUACAGCGAACAUACCAGUAUGCGUGGGCGAACGAUGACAUCUCCGCGCUGACUGCCUCCAAUCUGCUUAAGAAAUAUGCAGAGAAGUAUUCUGGGAUCUUAGAAGGCCCAAAUGAAAGAGCCCUGCUGUGCUCCUACUCUGAUAGCACCACUGGACUCAUGAAUGGACGAAAGUCAGAGAAUGAGUCCUGGCAGGAGGGGAUUUACCCAAUGAACUGUGCUCCAGAUGUUAUAUCUGUGAGCAAAGCUGGAAUGACAGCUGCCCUACCCCCUACAGAUGUGUCGGCUAGUAUAGGCAGCUCCCCAGGGGUGGCCAGCAGCUUGUCUGAGCCUAGCUAUUCCAACAGUAACUGUGGGAGUCACACCGCCACUACUCUCCACUCGGGCCUCCCCUCUCAGGAAUAUACUGCCAGCUACAACGGUUCCUACCUGCAUUCUAGCUACAGCGGCCAGACUACCCCAGCCCUCCCUUCCCCACAUCCCUCUCCUUUGCACAGUUCCGGGCUAUUACAACCACCACCACCUCCUCCUCCUACCCUGGUGCCGAGCUACAACGCCGGGUCUCCAAACCUUCCCAACUACAAUUAUCCUCCAACAGGGUAUGCUUCACAGACUGCUGUUGGCCCUGGUUAUAGCCCUGGGGGAGCACCCCCACCUUCUGCUUAUCUACCGUCCGGUAUUGCAGCCCCUACACCAAUCCCUCCAUCUACAUUGCCUGGGUACACCUACCAGUCCCAUAAUCAUACACCAAUUGCACCAACACCUUUGAAUGGCAGCACAUCCAACUCAUUAAAACGAAAAGCUUUCUACAUGAGUGGACAUGGAGAUAUGGACUCUAGCUAUGGUAAUUUCAGCUACAACCAACAGCGCUCUUCACAGAGCCCAAUGUACAGAGUAGCAGACAGCAGCAUCUCAGACUCAAACAGGGGAAAUGGCUUUGAAAGAAGUACCGAAGCGUCAUCUUUAGCUUUUAAGCCAACCAAACAGCCACUGUCCUCUGAUCAGCAAAGAAAAUUUAACUUACACUCUGGCAGAGCAGUAACUCCUCCAUCGUAUGGAUCAACCAAAAGCUCUGCAGGUGAUCUCAGAACUGGUGAGCCCUACAGCAAGUUUGGAUCUCCCAUCAUGAGUGAGCAAACUGAAGAGCACAGACAGCACCUCCCACACUCCCUAACAGGGCCUGACAUAGGUACGGCUACCUCGUCUAUCCAUGCUGCAGAGGAACAACUGAAGAACAGUGAUUCCAACUUGGUGGAGAUGGUGACCACAGAGAUCCUUCAACAAGGCUCUCCAUUGGACUGGAGUGAGAUUGCAGGUCUGGAUAUGGCCAAAGCGGCCAUCAAGGAGGAGAUACUAUGGCCCAUUUUAAGGCCUGAUAUGUUUAGUGGACUUACCACAUUACCUCGGAGUCUCCUUUUAUUUGGACCUCAGGGAACUGGUAGAACACUGCUGGCACGUUGCAUGGCCAGCCAACUGGGGGCUGCAUUCUUGCAACUAAGCAGUUCAGCACUGGUGACCAAAUGGCUAGGUGAAGGGGAAAAGAUCAUCCAGGCUUCUUUCCUUGUGGCCCGGUGUCGCCAACCGGCAGUAGUCUUUAUCAGUGAGGUGGAUCUUCUGCUGUCAGCCCAGCUCAGUGAGGAGAGCCCAGUCAAUCACCUCAAAGCUGAGCUCCUCCUACAGCUUGACAGUGUUUUGACCUCUGUUGAGGACCAUGUUCUCGUGGUCUGCUCCACCAGUAAGCCUGAAGAGAUCCCGGAGUCCCUGCGGAGGUACUUUACCAAGCGACUGCUUGUCCCCUUGCCUGAUGGGUCAGCACGACAUCAGAUAAUCAGUCAACUGCUCUCACAGCACAACUACUGUCUUAGUGACAAAGAGAUGUCACUACUGGUUCAGAGGACAGAGGGCUUUUCAGGACUGGAUGUGGCCCAGUUGUGUCAAGAGGCUGUGGUAGGUCCUCUCCACGGCAUGCCUGGGACUGACCUAUCAAGUAUCCACCCCAGUCAAAUGAGACCAAUCUCUUACCAAGACUUUGACAAUGUGUUUUGCAAAUUCCAGCCUAGCAUAUCACAAAAAGAACUUGACAUGUACACUGAGUGGAAUAAAAUGUUUGGUUGUAAUCAGUAAACGACACAUUUUCUUUAGAUCCCAGUUGUUGCGUACAAGCAAGAGUUUGGCUUUCAGUGAAAAAAAGUUGAGACACAAAUAGACUAGAUAGAGCAAAGGGAUUAUUAUUACACAGAAGACAAUUGUCUGGACAUCAUACAUGGUAAAAUUCAAUUAAACCCUAUGUGUCGGAAGCCAUGUGCUUACUAAAACUUAAACAAUUUGGAAAAAAUUGCCCACAUUUUUUGUAUAUACAUAUACAUAUAUAUGUAUGUAUAUACAUAUAUGUGUAAACAUAUGUAUGUAUAUACAUAUAUAUAUAUACUAUUCUGCUGAUCUUGAGAUUUAGUUGCUAUCAAGUGCCUGAGGUGGUGCUGUUUAAGUUUUUUGUUGUUGUUUCCUUGCCUCACAAUCUUCAUUGGUGACAUGUGCUAAUAUAAGAAAAAAGCUUUACAAUGUGACGAAGAACUUUCUCUUUUUUCAUUGCAACAGUUUUCUUCAGCUGUGUCUGUUUUGUGCUCUCUGUGAACAGUUGUGGUUAAUUUGAACUGAAUUAAAUGUAUUAACAUAAAUUUAGUUGGGUUUCAUUACCGUACACAUGUUUUAAGUGUGUGUAAAUCAUUUUUGAUGACAAAACAGUCAAACCCUUUCUUUUUUUUUUCUUUUUUUUUUAGCUCUAACAAUAUAAUUUGUUUUCUAGCAAAUAUAAAUUUGGUUGAUGUACUAGCCUCUCUGUAGAUGUAAUGACAACACAAACACAAAAAUGUUAUUUUACCUGUUGACUCCAAUUUAAACAGUUACUUACUCUGUAAAAUCUCAUUACAGCAGUAAUUCACAUGUAAAAUUCGACCAUUUGUUCUCCAUUUGACAACUCAGGAACGUGAUGAUGAUAUGUAUAGUACCUCAUAAGCUUGCAUCAAAGCAUUACACGCUACACGUCCAUUUGGCUUGCAUUUGAAAUUGCAUCAUCAAAAAAUGAAAGGCUAUAUAAUACCUCAAAAAAAAAAAAAGCUCAAAAUGAAAUGAGAUGGCUGGUACAAUGAAUGUAUGAGAGCAAAUCUGGUUUAUUUGCAAGAAAAAAAAGUCAUUUGUUUCGGAUUCUUUAACUCUGAUUUAGUUUGAAAUGGAAACUUGUAUUAUGAUCAGAGGUUUGCCUUUGAAAAGAAUGGAAGCAUUAUGUCUCUUGAAUCAUAGCCUUGAGGAAAUUUUUGUUUGGAGCACUUUUUUUUUUUUUUUUUUUUUUUUAUCAAUCCUGUUGAAUAUCACAAGGAAAAACCUUCAUUUACUUCAAAUACAAUGAUCAACAAUGAUCCCGUUAGUUCCUCGUUCGCAGUCACAGCUGUUCAGCUUUUGGUGAUGUACAGAAAUUCGAAAGGUGCAGACAACCAUCUUGGGGUUGGGGAAGACAGCUGCCCCAAGCUAUUUCAUUCCAUCCUGCUGCUGUUUUAUCGUUAAUGAAACCUAAGGAUUAUGUAUAGCCUAAGUUCCUUUCUACCUCAGUUUGUUUGUUAUCUCUGAAAGACAAAUUCACAAUUUCAGCACCUAUUCUGCUUGGUCGAUGAGGAAAUCGUUUGAGAGAACACCAAACUGUAUUUUGUUGUGUACAAAAUCAUAUAGCUUUACAUUUUUGAUAACGCCCAAGAACCCAGUUUCUCACCACACAAUGCACUUAAAGGGGAAUACCACUGAAUAUCAGGUUCGGGAUACACACACGAUUAGAUCUUGUUGCCAUAUCUUCUUAAACUCCUGAAUCUGUGAUGUCUAGUAGAAAUUCUAAAUCGCAUAGUAACAACAACAGUGUUUUGUGCGCAUUCUGUCCUAGAGAAUAACUUCAUUAUCUUUAUAUAAAAUUCACAGAAGAAUUUGUUUGACCCAAGGCAGUAACAUUCAUGAAGUCCAUGUCUUGAAGGCUAGCCUCACACCGUCGUAUACACAAUGUUAGUUUAUCCAUGCAAUCCUUCCGAUAUUUAAAAAGCAGGUGAAUUGGCAAGUAAAAGCACUGAAUGUAUUUUGUCCUCUGAGCAGUAAGGAAAGCAAAACGCUAGGACAUAGAAAAAUGCCACUGAAGUAGAUAGCACUGUAUGUGUAGGUGUAUAAUACUGCAGAGGCACUGGAGGACCUUGUUUUUGUUUGUUUUUUUCUUUCAAGAAGAUCUCUUUUUUCUAUUAUAUUUGUUGUCUAUUGCACAUGUGUUUUUAUUAUUAUUUUUUUUUAUUAGACAGUAUGCAUAUUGAUCGCUGCAGCCUGGUUUAGUGUCAUUUACCUAUAUACAUUAUUUCCAGGAUGUUCACAGAGCAAACGAAAGCAGAGCAACUGCAAAUGCAUCGUAGCAGUGAAGGCGACGAGCUACCUUGCAAACUGGUUGUACGCUAAUGUGGAUGAUGACUUAAAAUGAAAUGCAAUUUCAUUAAAUCACAAGUUAUACUCAUGUUAAAUUCUAAAGCAAGAAGAGGCGUGUUACAUGUAACUGAAAAGAACAGUAUUGUAAAUGCUGCUUUUUGUUUGCUUAUAGAUAUAGUUUUCAUUUUUUUUUUUAUUAUUGUUUGUAUCUUGAUUGUACGGAUUGACAAUUUACAAUUUACAAUUUGGGUUACCCCCAAAGUUACACAAUCGUCACAACAGAAAUUUUAAUAUCGAUUCAUUAUGUUCAUUCCUACUAUACAAAAGUAAACUAACAAUUACAUUUUUGUGUGUGUUUACGUGAAACAUAACUAUCUGAAACAGACUUAGUCCCUACAACUGUUCUAAAAUUAUGAAGUUGGAAAAGUACUCCCAGUAUUUAUUGUUCUUAGUCAUUUUUGGUGUUAGUUUUUUUUUUUUUCUUAAAUAACCAAAGUUAAACCUCUUUCUUUUUAAUACUAUGAACAUGAUUUCGAGGAAGUUGUGCAGUUGAAUGCCGCGGUGUAUGGAAAUUGAAUAGUCUGGCAUAGUUAAAAUUCUGUAUCGCAUUAUGUCAAAUGCUCAACAGCUCUUGAGUGUUUUAACCGUGUUAUCCCGCCAGUGUUAGCGUACCUUCUAUCGCCUCUGCCCGCCGUACAAAUAACACGGCUCUGACUUUUAUUUUAUUUGUCAGCCUAAAAAAAAAAACACAGCAACACCAAUCCUGGCUGAAAAUGUCAUGCAAGCUUGAAAAGAAUUGGCGGAUCCAACUGAAUAGAAAAGUUUUUGACGAGGGUGCUAAGAAGGCCUAAGUGCCAUUGACAAGCACAUAUUUGACAAGUUCAUCUCCAUGCAGAUUGAGCAGUACUUGCAAUCUCUUGGAAAAAAAAGAAAAAAGAAAAAAGUCCCACAUUUGCAUUUUAUACGAAUGUCUCCCAAACAGUGCAAUAUAGCACAAUACAGAACAUAUAAACACAACCAAACAGUAAAAAAACAACAAAAAAAAAAACAGAAACAUUUGGGAUCUGGUUAGAAACGACAUGAACUGAGAUAAGAUGUAUAUUUCACAUUCCGUCGAUGUUAUUCAUUAUUAUCAUGAUUUGAUUAAUGGGCCUACUACAGUCACAAACAACACUUGAGCAGAACCUUUGAUAAGCACAUGGAGGCUCACAGUGAUAUUAACACUUGAAUCACUUUUAUUUGGGGGAAAAAAAAUGUCAGUAUUCUUGUAAUUAUAUUUUGUUGCUUAAAAUGGUGAUUCCAUCCUAGUUUUAUAGUCUGGCAUUCUUUAUAACCAUUUCUACCUCAUUGCUACAUAUUGUACAUGUAGUACUCACUUUGUGUCAUUUUGAAUGUCAUGCAUUUGUGGAUAAUAAAAAAAAGGCAAAAAAAGAGAAUAAAACAAAAGCUUGCCCUUGAAUCUGAGCAGUCUACCUCAAAAAGACUGUUUACACUGUCAAGUACAAGCCACAGAAAAAAAAAAAAAAAAAAAGGCACCUUGAGGACAAAGAUGACGUCAACCUGCACAUAACAAUUUAUUUACAGUGUUCGCGUUUUCAUUGAACUGUUCCUGUCUUCUGCAAGGUCUCCAAUGCAAAACUUUUCCUAAAAAAAAAAAAAAAAAAAAUAUCAAAAAACAAAAAAACAACAAACUGCUUUAAUCUUUUGUGAAUUGUUGUAGUGCGCAUGUUAAUGUGUACGUGUGUGCACUUGCAAUUCCACAUGCAAGUACGAGGGGGGAUAACAGUAAUUUUGAAUUUUUACUUUUCAUAUAAAUGUGUACAGAGAACAAACUUGCACAUAGCUGUACGUAUUGUACAUUUGCUAAUGAUAUACAGCAUACAUACGAAAAUGCACCACAUACAUGUUUAUAUGUGUGUAUGUAUUGCCAUACUUACAGUAAAGUCGAUUUAAAUGUAUUUUAAUUUCAAGGUACAUGAAAGUUAUUAAAAUACCGAAUAAAGAUGUUUUCUUUUUUUCCUGAA